CCAUUUCCAAAAUAGUGCAAUUCCAUUUUCUCCAAUUUUCGCAUUAUUCCAAAAUCUUCUCUAUAUUUACUUUUUCUCUCUCUGUUCAUAAUCAUUUUCAAUAUCCUCUGUCUGAGUUCCUACUUCUCUUCUCAUUCUGACCCAUUUUCUGUCGAUUUUUCUUUGAUUUCACCCUUCGAUCUCUGGCCCUCCGCCGCACCAUGCCGGAGAUCGAACCCUCUUCCCCCGACAACAAUGCCCUCUUCGGCAAAUACGAGCUUGGCAAGCUCCUCGGCUGCGGCGCCUUUGCCAAGGUCUACCAUGCCCGUGACCUCCGCUCCGGCCAUAGCGUCGCCGUCAAAGUCAUCAACAAGAAGAAGAUAUACGGCACAACCUUAAUGUUCAACAUCAAGCGGGAAAUUGCCAUUAUGCGACGUCUCCGCCAUCCUAACAUCGUUAAACUCCAUGAGGUUCUCGCUACCAAAUCUAAAAUCUACUUCGUUAUGGAGUUCGUCAAAGGCGGCGAGCUUUUCGCCAAGAUCGCCAAGGGCAGAUUCAGCGAAGAUCUCAGCCGGAAAUUCUUCCAGCAGUUGAUCUCCGCCGUCGGAUUCUGUCACACGCGUGGGAUUUACCAUCGUGAUCUCAAACCGGAGAAUCUUCUCGUCGAUGAGAAUGGGAAUCUGAAGGUCUCUGACUUUGGUCUCAGUGCGGUAACGGAACAGAUCCGUGCCGAUGGCCUUUUACACACUCUUUGUGGAACUCCGGCGUAUGUCGCGCCGGAGAUUUUGUCGAAAAAGGGAUAUGAUGGUGCGAAAGUCGAUGUGUGGUCAUGUGGUGUGAUUCUUUUCGUGCUGAACGCCGGUUAUCUUCCGUUCAACGAUCCUAAUCUCAUGGCGAUGUAUAAGAAGAUUUACAAAGGGGAAUAUCGGUGUCCUAAAUGGAUGUCGCCGGAUCUCAAGAGAUUUCUGUCGCGAGUUCUCGAUACGAAUCCCGAUACGAGGAUAACCAUUGAAGAGAUUGUAAAUGAUCCAUGGUUCAGAAAAGGGGGAAAUACAGAGAUCAAUUUCUACGAUGAUUACGAGAUGAAAUUGGAAGAGAAGGACGAAUCUCUAUCGACGAAUAUGAACGCAUUCGACAUUAUAUCUUUCUCCUCAGGAUUGGAUCUGUCUGGUUUGUUCGACAAUUCACAAAACGCAGUGGACGACAAUGAGCGAUUCAUAUUAGCAGAAUCGCCGGAGAAGACCGUGGAAAAACUGGAGGAAUUCGCUAGGGCCGAGAAUUUGAAGGUGAAGAAACAGAAAGAAUUUGGAGUUGAAUUGGGAGCCCAGAAUCGUAAUUUGAUUGUCGGAGUUGAAAUUUACCGGUUAACCGACGGAUUGGCGGUGGUGGAGGUGAGAAGAAGAUGUGGAGAUUCAGAAUCGUAUAAGCAAAUGUUGAAGAAGAAGCUGAAAGUUCAUCUCACCGGCAAUGAAGCGUCAACGUCGACAUCCCGAUAAGAUUCCGGCGACCGGAACCGGUGAGACGUUGGGGAUUUCUUCAGAAACCCAACAAGAAAAUUACGGCAUCUCAUCUACCAUUUCAAUGUCCAAUUGAAUUAAGAAAAUUAAAAAUUAUAAUAAUGGAGGGAAAAAAAAGAGAUGGGAUUAAGAAGGUGAAUGAAGUAGUUAAGAAGUAAUUAAUAAAUUUUGUUAAUGAUGUAAUUUCUCAUUUGCCUUUUAAUCUGCUGUUCUUCAAAACCAAUAAAGGCAGUCUUAAGAAA